ACACACACACACACACACACAUACCCUGACCUCAAAUCUGAUAUACACUUUGUACAAUCAUCAUUUGUCUUCAAAGUGAUCAGACUGAAACAUGAUGCAAUCAGGCCAUGACAGUGGUGUUUCUUCUGCUCUUGUCUCUGACCACCACCUCUAAAGUAUCUAACCAUCAGAAGAUCUUCCUGCUCUCCAGAAUUUCUUAAUUUUCUGUCACCUGUGUUCACGAAAUUUCAGUCCAUUUUCAGCUCAGUGAUUCCAUACAAACCUUCAUCUUCAAGUGUCUCUGAAACAGGAAGCUCACAGUGUGUACCUGCACCUCAGACUCCACCCUCACCUUCUUCACUCACUGAUCUCAGACCUGCUCUACACCCUGUAGCUUCCAUUCUCACACUUACAGCAGAACCUGCUCCAACCAAUCACCUGCUAAUUCUACAUCCUGUGAGAGGAGAUCUUACUGACCUGUCAUUUAUUUUCUCUGAAAUGAAGGUCGCACUGAAGUUUUAUUUCGCUGCAGUGAUUUUUGUUCUCGAUGGAAAAAGUGUUUGUUAGCCACAAACCUGCGUUCAGGACCCCCGAGGUGAAAAAAAAUGUUCCACUGGCCUCCACCAAUAAUGUAAAAGAUCUACAUUAAAGCAUCACAGUUUAACCGCAACCAAUAAGAGCGUGAGGGAGAGACGCUGCAGUGACGUGGACCAAUCAGAUUGAAGAACACACAUGAAAGAGCUUCAGCAGCACGAGGCUCAGCACCAGUGUGUGAGAUGGAGACAUCAGGAGUCGCUCUCAUCGCUCUCGUGUGUGUUGUGUUCUCCAGUCAGAAGAAGAUCUCUGGAGCAGAAGUGGAGAUGAGAGUCAGACGAGGAGACGACGUCACUCUCUACUCCGACUGUGUUUGGAAAAGUGGAUUUUAUCCGGCAUGGUUUAGAAACUGCUCAGUAAAAGAUCAUCCUCGUCUCCUGGUGUCAGGAUCACAUUUGGAUUAUAAAAAAAUGCUAGAUGAAGCGUUUCCACGUUACUUCACUGUGUUUAAUAAAUCCACCAACACACACGACCUGCUGAUUAAGAACGUUACAGAAUCAGAUCUGGGUCUGUACUACUGCGCUCUUAUAGAGAGAAUCAUUUUAGAUGAUAAAAGGGGCUUCAUCACUAAUAAUGAUGUUUAUCACUAUGGAAACAGAUCCACUCGUCUCUCUCUACUCGAAGAAUCCUGUCCCAGUGUUACUGUAUCUCCAACCCCCCCGAUUCCGUGUGAAACACAGUGGAAGUUGGUGUUGAGUGUGUGUGUUGUGUGUGUUUUCAUCUCCUCACUCUUCUCCUCCAUCUGUGUGUACUGCUACUGCACAAACACCACUAAAGGUACUAAAGCAAAUCUUACAGCAGGAAGUGAGAAAAGGACAACUCGGAGACAGGAUGUGGACGGAGAAGACGAGGUUUGUUACGUGGCGUUGGACAUCCGGCCCCUGGAGGAAAAGAGGAAGACGAAGAGGAAGAAGAGCAUUCAGUGCACUGAUUUCAGCACGUAUUCAGAGUGCUCACGCUGAGGAUCACCCACACACUCGUGGUUCAUGAUGCCAAUCCGUCUUGACGUACACCAGCAGAAACUUGCAGAUCGGCCCGUCAUCCUCCAGCGUCCACCCGUCUCACUCCUCCCAGCUCCACCCUCCACCCACUCACCGCUGGUGUAUUUUUAGAUUCAGAUUGAGUUUAUUUACCUUACUAACCCCACCCUCCCAUUCCACCAUAGUUUUGAUCCAUCUUUCUCAGGAGUGGCCACCCCGUCAAACACAGGCUUGAGCAUCGUGUACAUCAUGGUGUGGAGGCUUCCCAUUAACCUUAGGUUUGAGCAUGGCAUGUGUCUUAGCAUUUGAGGCCGCCCAUUAGCUUCGGUUGUCAGAGAUCACGGGACAUGGCGCUCAUUUACGAUUUCAUGGAGCGCACUUCCGGUUCCUUCUCUUUGAUCAAAUCCAUCAUUGCUGAGAUCUCAGGGUCACGUGACAGGUCAGUAAGAUCUCCUCUCACACGAUGUAGAAUUAGCAGGUGAUUGGUUGGAGCAGGUUCUGCUGUAAGUGUAAGGAUUCAAGCUACAUGGUGUAGAGCAGAUCUGAGAUCGGUGAGUGAUAGAGGUGAGGAUGACCUGUUUUAGAGACACUCAUGUUGCUCACUUGAAGCUGAGGGUUUGUAUGCAAACAAUAAGCUGAGAAAUAAACUGAAAUUUGAUGAACAUGCAUGACAGAAAAUGAGGAAACUCUGGAGGGCAGGAACACCUUCUGAUGGUUAGAUAUUCCAGAGGUGGUGGUCAGAGACAAGAGCAGAAGAAACACCAAUUUCAUGGCCUGAUUGUCUCACUUUGAAGUCAAAUGUUCAUUGCGCAGUGUAUAUAAAAUUUGA